AUGAAUACUUGCGUGAAUCGCGCGAAUAGCACCGGCGUCAAUCCACCAACAUCAUUCGUGCUCGCUAUGCCAGUGAAAGCAAAGACAAGUGAGCGCAAAACUGGGCAUUGGCAUAACCGAAACCUGCCGGUCAGCGGUUUCAGGAAGCUGGGCAGGUCGAAGAAAAGGCUGCUUAGGGGCCUCGUGGUCCUGAUCAUACCAAAAGUAAUGCCUGUUAACAUUCCAAACAUAUUUCCCGGUCAAUCUUAUGUCUCGGUUACGAAGUUUCCUACGACGAAUGACUCCACGAGCACGAAUGAUAUUGGCGAUUUGACGGCCGGUGCUAUUCGCGCGAUCUACGCAAGUAUCUAUUCUUCCAUGCAAGCUGUCAGCUCACCUGAUAGGCUCCUCCAGGAAUGGCCUGCUCCUGACCAGCACUUCUAA